AUGUUGAAGUCGCCAUCAUUGAGCAGAUCUCAGGCUUCCCCUACUCUCUGCCACUAUGCAACUCCUGCGACACGACCCUCACUGUCGCGCAGAACAUCGACUGCGAACAAACCUUCUCCCUCGUCACAAUCACAGCAGCAACCGAUACCUCAGUCGCAACCAAAGAAAUGGGUCUAUGUUGACGCUUCUACUCAGUGGAGCCCUCCCAUAAUGCCUUCUAGUAUGGCAGAUGGAACAUCGACACCAGUGCAAGUGAAAGUUGAGGAUUUUCCUCCAGAACCCACCAUUGCGCCAGAACAACUCAACGUUGAUGUCUCACGCAGUAUAAACCCACCAAUACAACCGGAAUCGCCAAGUAUGAAGAGAAGCAAUCGGCAAUCGACGAUGCGCAUAUUGCUAGCAAAGGGGUUUCAUCCCCAAAGAGAGUGAAACCUCAAGCGACGGUGAAGAUUCUACCUCGCAACUAUGAGCAUUGCGAAGAAGAGGAUAUGGUCAUUCUCAUAGCUAGUAUGAUUGCUGAAUUGAUUCAAAGAAACGAUCUUCUUCCUCCGCAGAACGGAGUGUUGACACGCUUUCAUUCUAGGUAUGCAUGUGUGUAUAUUUAUGUUUACAUGCUUCAAUACUAACGGUUUCUAGAUCGCCUCCUGGAAUUUCUGUUCUUGAUUACCUCCGCCGACUUGCAAAGCAUGCCACUCUAAAACCUCCUCUCUUACUUUCCAUGGUUUACUACAUCGACCAACUUUGCGCUUCAUAUCCAGCAUUUACAAUCACAACCUUAACUGUUCAUCGAUUCUUGAUUACGGCGGCUACAGUAGCCUCAAAAGGACUUUCAGAUAUUUUUUGGAACAAUUCAACGUACGCGAGGGUUGGUGGUGUCAAAUUGGCAGAAUUAGGAUUGCUAGAGCUUGAAUUUUUACACAGGGUCGACUGGAAAAUAAUUCCUAAGCCUGAAAUGCUGACAGAUUAUUAUAAAGGUUUGAUUGAGCGAAACGACCGUUACAGAAUGGAAGGAGAUUUAUCUGAUGAAUCAGACGGAUUGGAUGAUGAUGAAGAAGAAAGUGACGACCUUGAUACCCCAGGCGACCGAGGUUGGAAUUGGCGCAAAUAUGAGAGACUCGGAGGUGGAUGCUCUAAAUCAUAA